CAAAGAAAAUUGUCAAGCAGAAUUUUCUGCUUGAAAGCUUUCAUUAUAAAAUGAAAGCUUUUAUUAUAAUAUUCAUUCGAAAUAAGUAAAGUCAAGGAAACUACCUGAAACCAUCUACAGGUACAGCUAAUUACAAUCAAGGACAAUGUGUUUACGACUUGCUGAAAGUUGUGCAAGAUUGUUUUUUUCUAUGUUCUCCCACAUGAAGGAAUUUAUUCCUCAAUGGUUCCCCUGACUAACACAAAGGGUUUACAACUACCUUUUCAUAAACCGAUAUUGCGGAUUCACUGCUAAUGAAAUCACCGCAUACUCUUGCUGCUCGUGACGCUUCAAGAAACCUCUAAUCAUGAAACCAUAGGUGAGCAAGAAUGUGUACACUACACUCAUUAAAACAAAACCAAACGGGCAGCUGAUAGGCGAUGCCUAAUUGCGCCAGUCUCAAACCAAAGUCUGUGGAUAACGAGCCACCGUCAGCAAGCGAAUCAUAACAUCUUCUUAAAAGAAUCAAUGACUACUCAUCAAGGUGCUCGGAAUUUGUCUCUACAAACUGCUCUGUGGUGACCGCGACAGCAACACUGAGAUCAUUGUUUUUCUUCCAAAUAUAAAAUCUCCUGUAUUUGCUUGAGGACUACCAUUUCUUCCAGGUGUUGCUAUUGUUAAUACAACAAUGCAUUUCGAAGACGCAAACUUGACGACGGGUUGGGCCAUGGGGGAUAUCAAAAGCGCCAGCGAAAAAGGUGUCUACGGUAUCGUGGCUUUGUUGGGCAUCAUCGGGAACAGCAUUGUCUGUUACGUUUUUCUUCGCAGGUCGUCGCCUCACAGUCGUUGUAGCUACUUCAUAUUCCACCUAGCAGUGGCUGACCUGAUGGCAUGCCUCCUCGCUCUACCCUAUCACCUCCUCCCUUUGAAUGUGACUUUUCACGACGACAACAGGGUCUUCGGGGAGUUGAUUUGCCGUUUGCUUCUCUCAAAGUACCCAAUGUGGGUGUGCAUCAAUGUUUCCGUGAACACGCUCAUCGUACUCACGGUGGAGCGAUACGUCGCCGUGGUCCACCCGCUGAAAUACAGUGUCAUCUUCAAACGAGUAUGUAGUCGUAGACUUACAAUCUGCUGCUGGACUUUGGGGAUUGCAGGGUGUGGCUAUUUCUUGUUUAUCUACGGCCUCUCAAAAGAUGGACAGUGUGUGAAGCACACUUUUACACCACCCUUAAAGCAACUCGUUGGAGUGUGUGUGUUUUUAAGUUACUUCAUUGCCCCUCUUUUGACAAUGCUAGGAGCACAUCUCCAGAUGAUUAAUACCCUCCAGAAUCAAGCCAAAACCUUCGCCAAACAAGUUGAACAAACCCUUGAAAACGAAGGACCACCACAAAUCGGGAAGACCGAAAAGGGUAAAUGGCAGACGAAGAAGGCCCGCAAGAUCCAACGGUUGCUUUUCGUCGUGUUUUUGACGUACACCGCGUGCUGGGCACCAAAUCAAAUCAUCUUCCUAAUCUACAGCGUGGGUGGGACCAUAGACUUCAGCUCGUGGUACUACCACUGGUCCGUGGCGAUCGCGCUGGCAAACUCCGGUAUCAACCCCUUCAUUUACGCCGUCGGGAGUAAACGCUUCAGGAAUGAGUUCACUAAGAUGUUUCAUGGGUGCUCCAAACGCUCGUCGCAGCUCACCAAGGUUCAGUACAUUGGGUCAUGUGAAUAAAAAGUAGUCAAUAAUUACAAGUACUACUAGCAAAAAGUAAAAGCAUAAACUUCCACAAGUAGAAGCAUCUAGUUCAGGCACCUUCUCAAUUCCGUAUACAUAAAAUUAUUCUUUUACUGCAAAGUAUUCACUUAAAGGCAGUGGACACCAUUGUUUAGU